AUGUCGACUACUAUAUCAUUCGGUGAAGCAAAUUUGGGUGCCCAGGUAGGGGUCAACAACGGCACAGUCUACCUUUCGCUGGGUAUGUCCCACGACUUUUUCACGCUUAUCAUCCCCUACGAGACAAGGUCGACUGACUUGUCUCGCUUGUCGAUCCAGAGAGACCCAAGACCCCGAAAACACCCUUUUCCACAGUGCCUUUCUGUCGGGAUUCAGAAUUUAUCAAUUGUGGGAAUGUCCUUGCCCAACUACAUGAGAAAGUUACAGUACCUGCGCUUGUCGGGCUUGGUGGUGUUGGGUAAAUUUCCCAACGCUGACCUCAAGUGUGCCUUGCUAAUGCUUCCAAGGAAAUCACAAAUUGCCAUUGAAUACUGCUAUCGAGUACGGGACGAAUCGCCAGACACGUGGGUUUUCUGGAUCCACGCGAGUAACGCAACCCGCUUUGAGCAAAGUUGUUGGCAGAUAGUCAAUCUCUUAGAGACACCUGGUCGCAAUGAUCCCAAGUCUAAUCCCCUUGAACUUCUUCGUGACUGGCUACAUGAUUCCAAGAAUGGCAGAUGGAUCCUUGUCCUUGACAACCUGGACGAUAAAGAAUUCAUUCACUCGACUUCAUCAACUGAGCCGCCAAUCUGGGCAUACUUUCCCAGCAGUCUUGAAGGAUCUAUUCUCCUGACAAGUCGAAGUCGGCAUGUAGCAUCCACCAUUGUUGAAGAUGACGGCCUUUUAAUGGUCAAGCCGAUGAGCGAAAGUGACGCGAUCACUCUUUUUGAUCAAAAGACAAAAGGACAAGGCUCGAAAGAGGAUACAGCUGAACUAGUAGCAGCGCUUGACUUCAUGCCCCUCGCGAUCGUACAAGCGGCGUCCUAUAUCAAACAGAGGGCCCCGCGCGUAACAGUCACACAGUACCUGAAAGAUAUCCAGAGUGACCAGAGGACAGUCACUUUGCUUGAGAAUUCUGAGCACCAACAUCGCAGAGACUGGGAUGCCGAGAAUGCCAGCCUCUUGACUUGGCAGAUAUCCUUCGAUCAUAUACAACGAGAACGGCCCUCAGCUGCGGGAUUGCUGUCCCUUAUGAGCUUCUGUGACAGACAAGGAAUUCCGACUUGCCUAUUGAAGAACAGAAGUGGUACUCAAGUUCAUACCGAGAGCGGGCCUUCACAUAAUGGUGGUCAGAACAUACCUGGCCAUGCCAGUGAAGAUUGGGGGUUUGAAGAUGACAUUCUUACCUUGCGAGGCUACUCCAUGAUAGCUCUUGCUGCAGAUGAGACAACCUUUGAAAUGCAUCGUCUGGUCCAGCUGGCCACACAGGAGUGGCUCAGAACGCACAAACACCAUGAACAGUGGGAGGAAGAGUUCAUUAAAGCUCUCAAUAGAGCCUUUCCAAAUGGAGACUUUGAGAGUUGGCCAAUGUGUCGAUUACUACUUCCUCACAUCCAUCGCGCAAUGGAAGCAAAGCCGCAAUCUGAAGUUUCGCUGAGGAUUUGGGCCAUGCUCCUUUUGAGAGGAGCAUGGUUCUCCAUCGAAACAAAAAAUAUUGCUGGUUCAAUGAAAAUGGCCGAGAAUUCACGCGCAGUGAACGAGCAGAUCCUUGGAAAUUCCGACCCAAUGACACUUGGAAGCUCAGAAGCAUUAGCGGAGGCGUUUAACCUUGCGGGUAAUUUUGGGGAGGCUGAGAGGCUUCAUGCGCAGGUUUGGAAGGCUCGCAAGAGGAUACUCGGGGCCAUGCACACCGACACAAUAAGAAGCGUCUACCAUUUAGCCUCGAUUUUCCAGAGUCAGCGCCGCUUCAGGGGAGCUAAACGCCUUGGGAAGCUAGCGGCGAGACUCCACCGACACAAUAUGGGACCAGAGCACUCCUGUACUCUGGCAGCCAUGAGUGUAAAUGCAACAACCUACCAGCUUCAACAGAAGUGGAAAGAGGCCGAGGAUAUCCGUGUUCAGGUAUAUAAAACAUAUUUGAAAACCUUGGGACCCGAGCAUCCUGACACGCUGACCAGCGCGGGUAAUCUGGCUACUGUCUAUACAGGCCAAGGUCGAUGGGAGGAUGCCGAAAGGAUGCUCUUGGACGUGAUGGAGACUAAGAGAAGGGUUCUUGGGCCCGAAGAUCCGUCUAUUCUCGCAACACUCCUCAACUUGGCAGCGCUAUACUAUGAUCAAAGCCUCUGGGAGCAAGCAGAAAAGCUCCAGCAUGAAGCACUUGAGACUUCGAUACAAAUAAACGGACCUGACCACCCUGUUACCAUUACUGCCAUGAAUAAUCUUUCAGCAGUCUACCUAGAGCAGAAAAGAUACAAGGAAGCUGAGGCCCUGCAACUUCAGGUGAUUGAGACUGGCACGCGAACUCUUGGACCAGAGCAUGUGCAUACUGUUGGCACCAUGACAAUGCUAAAGGAGACCUACGUGGGCCAGGGUCGGUUUAAAGAGGCCGAGGGGCUCGCGAAGAAGGUUUUGGUGAUUCUGAAACGGGUCAACUCGCCAUAG